AUGGAUGCACUUAUCGCCAGCGGCCAACCGGGUCUGAUAGGUCCUCUCUACAACUACAUCAUCUCACAGCCCUCAUAUCAGACGUCUGCGGAGAGACAACGUCUCGUACGGCGCAUGAGAGAAGCCAUGAUUAAAUGCAUCAUUCUCAACGGCAUUCCAAUCGUCAUGGAAGCUUUCGUGUCUCUUGCGAAGCAAGAACAGCCCGAAGAUCAAGAUCACAGUUUCACCCGCAAGGAUUGGAAAGCUGAUGAAGCGAACCACAAGCGCGGUCUCGAGGUUCUUGAAACGCUUUAUGGCGAUGAUAAUGAGAAAAUCUGGGCAUCAUUCGGUUCACACAGAGACAUACGUGAGUACCCUGCGACUCUCCACUGCUCACGAUCUUGA